AUGGCAAGAAUAUCAGACGAGUACGAUGACCAACGUAGGCUCAAACGGUACACGAAAGCACUUUGCGCUGUCAAGCUCGAGAUGAGUGCCGUUCGCUACACGUUGGACCAAGAACAUCGCGGAUACAAGCAGCAGGACGAUCCGACGAUUUACAUUCUCGGCGAGCUGAGCGGCCAGAAUGUCAUUCUUGCGUGUCUCCUCAGCAAUCAGGGGAAGGGCGCUGCUGCAAGCGUUGCCACGAACGUGGCCCGCACGUUCCCUUGGAUCUGUCGCAAAGGACAUAAGGGGUGGAGAUUCAUGAUUGGCAUCGGAGGGGGUGUGCCCAGCGAGAGGCACGACAUUCGCCUUGGCGACGUGGUCAUCAGCAUGCCGCAGGGAGAACAUGGCGGUGUUGUGCAAUACGACCUGGGCAGGCUUACCGAGGACGAUCUUGAGCGGAAGGGCUUUCUCUGCCCGCCGCCAGCAGACUUGAGGCGCGCUGUGGUGACCAUGAAGUCGAACCACGUAGGGCAAGACAAUAAGAACGAUGAAACCGUCUCGGCAAUGACACAGAAGUCCACCUCGCCUCAAGACCUACACACGCCCGUUGCCCGCUUAACAUGUGCAAAGCGCGGUUCGGACAAGGCCGUCGAGAGACAAGACCGGGAAUCUAAUUUGCCUGAGGUACACUAUGGCCUGAUUGCCUCGGGGGAUAGUGUUGUCAAAAGUGCCAUGAAAAGGGACCGAAAUGUCCAAGCCCUGGGCGACGUGCUCUGCUUCGAGAUGGAAGCAGCGGGCAUUGCCACUGAGCAUUCGUGUAUCGUCAUUCGGGGCAUCUCCGAAAAUGUCGACUCGCAUAAGAACGACGCAUGGCAAAAAUAUGCGGCGGCGACGGCAGCGGCAUGUUCGAAGGAACUACUCUCCUGUCUCGACCCAUCCCGGUCUCGGGCCGGCGCGGCUCCACCGAAAUUGCCCCGUGGCCUCCUGUUAUCGGAUCCGGGGCCAAGCAGGCUCGGCACUCGGCCCACUUUUGGGGCAUCUAGGGGUAAUAAUUUCUCGGUGGGAGGGUUUUAA